AAAUAGGAUUAGGUGUGUUAGGGGGAAUAAUUCCAAUUUCAGAACUCUGGAAUGUUUGAAAUCUUAAAUCAUCAAGCUCUAUCUACUACCACUAGCGGUUCCUAUGCUAUACCAUGAUCACUCUCUUUUUGCCUAACACUCUUUCGUGAAGCCAAUUGAUAUACAGAAUAAAGCGAUCCCAAGAAAACGAUUCUUCUUCUGGAAGCAUACAUGCCUUCUAGACUCUGCUCUUCUGUUACUGCUUCCACAUGUAAAAUGCUCAGUCCUUUAAUUUAAAGUCGGUGCCUUUUCCCAUUUCUCAUCCAAAUCUUCCAAAAGACCAAUCACGUUUCCCCUGCAUGAAUAACAGAAACUCACGAGCAACAUCACUACUCAUUGUUGUCUCACAUUACAUUAGGGAUAUGCUUGGUUUUAGUUCUAGAUUCAGUAGACCGCGUGGAUCCAUCCUUCCAAAAACAACUAUUCAUCGCUUCAAUUUGAUGUAAAAUCCUACUAGACGUGGAUCCACUUGUAUUUUCGAAACACAAUCUAUAACACAACACCUUCCUCUUCAAUUACAAACACCCUCCUCAAAAUUUCACCAUUCUCAUUAUCUGUGUUCUAGAGGAUGCAGCAGCAACAUCCUUUCCCCAUUUUGCUACUAUGCUUGCUGUUCUCAAGUGGAAUUGCCACAGCAUCACUGGCUAGAGACUAUGAGAUUCUGCUCCGGGUCAAGAACACACAGCUUCAAGACAAGAACAAGAGCCUCCAUGACUGGGUUUCAACCACAAACCACAACCCUUGUAACUGGACUGGCAUCACCUGCGAUGCUAGAAACAAAUCAGUUGUCUCCAUUGAUCUCUCCGAAACUGCAAUUUACGGCGAUUUCCCGUUCGGUUUCUGCCGCAUCCACACCCUCCAGAGCCUCAAUGUUGCAGGCAAUUUCCUCAGCAAUGCUAAUUCAAUCUCUCCACAAACACUUCUCCCUUGUUCCAACCUCCAACGCCUAAACCUCUCCGACAACUUAUUCGUCGGUGACUUACCGGAGUUCCCACCGGGGUUCACCAAGCUAACACACCUAGACCUCUCAAGGAACAACUUCACCGGCAACAUUCCGGCCAGCUUCGGCCGGUUUCCGAAGCUGACCGUGCUCGUUUUAACCGCGAACCUUCUCACCGGAACAAUUCCUCCAUACUUAGGCAACCUCAGCGAGCUAACUCGAUUGGAAUUAGCUUACAAUCCAAUGAAACCAGGUCCAUUACCUUCCCAGAUAGGAAACCUUUCUAACCUGGAAAACUUGUUCCUCACCCAGUUGAACCUCAUAGGAGAAAUACCAAGCUCCAUUGGCAACCUUGCAUCACUCAACAACUUGGAUUUGUCAGAUAACUUUCUCUCCGGUGAGAUUCCAAACACCAUUUCAGGGUUGAAAAGUGUGAUUCAAAUUGAGCUUUACCUUAACAAUCUCUCCGGUGAAAUACCUCAAGGCUUUGGAAACCUCACCAGUUUGGUUUACUUAGACCUCUCUCAGAACGCUCUCACCGGAGCAUUCCCAGAGGAACUAGCUUCCUUGAAUCUCUCUUCUCUGAACUUGAAUGACAACCUUCUUGAAGGUAAAGUCCCUGAAAGCUUAGCUGCAAAUCCGAACCUGGUUCAACUGAGACUCUUCAACAACAGCUUCACCGGGAAACUACCUCAGGAUCUGGGGCGAAACUCUCCGAUAGAGGAAUUCGAUGUUUCAUCGAAUUACUUCACCGGAGAGUUUCCCAAGUUACUCUGCGAGAGGAACAAGCUUCAGAAUCUCAUCGCAUUCACGAAUGGUUUUUCUGGAAAUCUCCCUGAUGAGUACCAGAAUUGUCAUUCCCUGGAAUACGUGAGAAUCGAGUUUAACGAAUUCUCCGGCGAGGUGCCGCCGCGGAUUUGGAGCCUUCCACGGCUUUACUUUAUGAAAAUGCACAACAACAGGUUCGAAGGUCCUCUCUCUGCUUCCAUCUCCGGCGCCACGGGACUCACCAAGCUCCUUUUAUCCUCUAACAACUUCUCCGGGAAGUUACCGGCGGGAAUCUGCGAACUCAUUCACCUCUUGGAGAUUGACAUCAGCAACAACCGGUUCACCGGUGAAGUUCCUACCUGCAUUACCGGGUUGAGGAAGUUGCAGAAGCUCAGGAUGCAGGAUAACAUGUUCACCUGCGAGAUUCCGGGUAACGUGACCUCAUGGACUAAGUUAACCGAGCUGAACUUGUCGCACAACCGAUUCUCCGGUGAAAUCCCGCCGGAGCUUGGUAGCCUGCCGGACUUAAUAUACCUUGACCUUGCCGCGAAUUCGCUGACCGGGGAGAUUCCGGUGGAUUUGACGAAGCUAACACUGAACCAGUUCAACCUCUCUGAUAAUAACUUGUCCGGGGAGGUUCCUUCAGGUUUCAACCACCAACGGUACUUGCAGAGUCUCAUGGGAAACCCUGGUCUCUGCAGCCAGGUGAUGAAAACCCUGCAUCCAUGUUCAAGACACAGACCAAUUCCUCUUGUUGUUGUGAUCAUUUUAGCUAUGUGUGUUAUGGUUCUCGUGGGGACCCUGGUUUGGUUCCAGAAGAGAAAUUCACGUGGAAAAUCCACAGGUAGCAACUUUAUGACAACCAUGUUCAAAAGAGUGGGGUUCAAUGAGGAAGACAUCAUGCCUUUUAUAACCAGCGAGAACGUGAUUGGGAGUGGUAGUUCAGGGCAAGUGUACAAGGUGGAAUUGAAGACGGGGCAGACCGUGGCGGUGAAAAAGCUCUGGGGCGGGACGCAGAAACCGGACAUGGAAUCGGUGUUCAGGUCGGAGAUUGAGACAUUGGGUGUAAUUAGGCAUGCUAAUAUUGUGAAACUGUUGUUUAGUUGCAGUGGGGAUGAAUUCAGAAUAUUGGUUUAUGAGUACAUGGAGAAUGGGAGCUUGGGUGAUGUUCUGCAUGCUGAAAAAUGUGGGGAGUUGGAGGAUUGGUCCAAAAGGUUCACCAUUGCAGUGGGUGCAGCUCAGGGUUUGGCCUAUUUGCACCAUGAUUGUGUGCCCGCGAUUGUUCACCGGGACGUGAAGAGUAAUAACAUAUUGCUAGACCAUGAUUUUGUUCCUCGCGUAGCUGACUUUGGAUUGGCUAAGACAUUGCAGCGCGAGGCCGGGGAAGGUCCUAUGUCCAGAGUUGCAGGAUCAUAUGGUUACAUUGCUCCAGAAUAUGCUUAUACACUGAAAGUGACUGAGAAGAGCGAUGUGUAUAGUUUUGGUGUGGUACUGAUGGAAUUGGUUACCGGAAAGAGGCCUAAUGACUCUUCCUUUGGUGAGAGCAAAGAUAUAGUGAAGUGGGUCACUGAGACUGCUUUAUCACCAUCUCCUGAAGGUAGUAACAUCGGAGGAGGUCUCAGUUGUGUUCUGUCUCAGAUUGUGGACCCAAGAUUGAACCCAGACACUUGUGAUUAUGAAGAGGUUGAGAAGGUUUUGAAUGUGGCUCUGCUCUGCACCUCAGCAUUUCCCAUUAAUAGACCCUCAAUGAGAAGGGUGGUUGAGUUGCUCAAGGGCCAUAAACCUUCUCCUGUAUGCAGGAAAACUUAACAAGUUCUGUAGGAAAUUUUGAACAUAUAUUUAUGAAGGACACUAACUAUUAUGAGUGAUUGUUUAGUUGCUAAUUGUAUGUAGUUCUUCUUGUACACAUUAUGACGUGCGAAACAUGUCUUGAACUUUUGAUCAAAACAAAAGUAAUUAGUGAAUUGGAAAGUUACUGUCAUUCUAUACUCGAGAAA